UUGAGAUCUAGACGGAACUCUGGAAGGAACUCGGCAACAUAUCAACAUCCUGAGAUUCGGAACCCGACAUUACAAAUAACAAGAUCCGAGUUCGAUUUCCCGUUUUAAGAUUGGUCACAGGAAAGGCGUGAGAAGUGUUGGACAAUUAUGCAAAGCAUAAAACAACAGGACUAUUACAGGGCCUGCACCUUUAGUGGCAUACCAAGCAUGAUGUUUACAGAUCCGACAUAUGGAAAGACAGCAUGGACACCGCAGACUAGUCCACAGGGUCAAGGUUAUGGUCCAAACAGUAUAUCGGCAAUGACCAAGCCGGUCAUGGAACCUCCACAUACGCCAUGGAGACCUCAAGUUGAACAUUUUCUCUACAGAAAAGGCAGUGGUCAAAUCCAGCUAUGGCAGUUCCUCCUCGAGUUACUCAGCGACAGUUCAAACUCGGCCUACAUCACGUGGGAGGGGACAAACGGGGAAUUCAAGCUUUCAGAUCCGGAUGAGGUGGCGCGGAGGUGGGGCGAAAGGAAAUCGAAACCAAACAUGAACUACGACAAACUAAGCCGUGCAUUACGUUAUUAUUACGAUAAGAACAUUAUGACUAAAGUCCAUGGAAAAAGAUACGCCUAUAAAUUUGACUUUGCUGGACUAGCACAGGCGAUGCAGCCAACGACUACAGAUCCAACUGCCUACAAAUACCAACAGGACUUAUUCAUGUCCAGCUAUCAUCACAAUUCCAAAUUAAAUUUCAUGAACGCGCAUGCGCCAAUUCCGUCAACAACAUCCGGGUUCUUUGCCUCUCCGUCUAGCUAUUGGUCCUCCGCUAGUGCGAAUAUGUAUCCGAGUUUAGCUAAUCACGCAAUGACGCAUCAUUCGGGACAUAUGGCGUCACAUAUUGGAUCCUACUACGCAUAGACUUUACCAUGAACUAUAUUCAGGACUUUUCAAAGCCGUCUUUUGUAUUUAAGUUGUACAUACGUGUAAAAAGGAUAUAACUUAUUGUGGAUUCAAAUAUUUCAUCUUUGGAGAUUUACGGCGGAGAAGUUCACAUGAAAUGGCUGACCAAUACGAAUUUGAUCUGAUUAAGCAGUAGACAACUAACUUCAGAAAUCUGGAAAAAAAUAUAUGGGGAAAUCAAAUUUGGGGUAAAAAGUUUCCACAAAUUUGUUAGAUUUGAAAUGAGAACAUCACUUGUGACCGCUUUCUCAAAAUGCUUAGCAGAAACGAUCAGCUUAUUUCGUCUUGAUAUCUGUCGAGUAGAAAGCAAACCUGAUAGAUGUUGCUGCGUUAAUUUCUUAUUGGUCACUGUUCACGUGUUUCAAUCUCGUUAUGUACUGACCAAUCACAUGUCGUGCAUGUGGUAACGUCGUCGAAUCGUGUCAUGAUGUGUAUAAAAAACUGUUUACAAAACUAUGACUGGGGCCACCUUGUGUGUCUUGGACUGUCUUGAUGAGUGAAUCUAGUCAAAUAUUGUGCAAUAGAAUUUAUUAUUUAUCGCAUAGAUUUUAUAAUUUUACCAGGAUAGCUAUCUUUUAUAUUUAUUUCGUUUUAUUUCGAGGCUGUCGAAUGCUUUUCGACCGUCUUAAGCCUUAAAUGCAUUUAAUUUCAUUUCACAUAGCAUUUUUGCUUCUUGAACUAGUCUAGCUCCCGGUAGAAAGUGGUAUCUGUUUAUGUUUUUUAUUGUGACCCACACACAUUUGAAAGGAGAUGAAUUAGAUAAAUCGAUACCUUUGUCUACCGUGUUCUGCUUUUAACAACCAAAAUGAUACGUUUACAAAUUCAGAAAGAACGGAAAGGGGGCGAUUCUUCUUGUAAUGAAUCAAGGAAUUUGUUAAAAGUGCAAAGAUUUGAAUUCGGCCCGUUUUUAAAGACAAAUAGUUGUUUUGAAUAUUCCACGCUCAGCUCCUGCCUGCUUACCGAGAUGGAGUUCACUGCAGUUGGGGCUAAUUGUAAAUGGAUCGUCUUGUAGUGUGCCGAAUACUUAGGUGUAAAAACGAUUCAGUUUUCUCACUCCUGUGAAAUGUACUUAAUUGAUGACACAGUGUGUUGUAUAGAAAAUACGGAUAGUGGCCAUGGUUCCAAGGGCUCUUUGAAAGGGAAAGUCCAUAUUCAUGUACACGUGUACGUUGGAUAAUUCUGAGCAUGUGCAUUAUCGUGGAAAUUCAAUUUUUUUGAGGUCACAUGGUUUUCCGGGGUCUGAUUAUGCUAAUUUUGAUGAUGAAUUUUUUGGGGACAAUAUGUACGAAUUUAAACUUUCAAAUAGCAAAGAGAUUACUUACAAAUUAGUGUUUGUCAUUUUACGUUACACGUUCUCUCACCUUGUACAUUUCUGUAUAGAAUUAAGAUUGCAACUUAUUGAGGAAGACUAUGAUAACAUUGUUUAUGUUCUGGAAGUUUCUGGCCACGUAUAUUGUAUUCAAAUGAGUAUAUUUUUCACAAAAGCGGUGCUUCGAACUAACAGUAGUAUGAACGACUGUUGAUAUUGAAAAUAAAAGAUAUUUGAAAUCUUUAAAGAUGAA